AUGGCAUUACGUUCAGCUCAAAGUUAUCCAAUUCGUGGAAUAUUUUAUUUAAUUCGUCAUCCAGCAUUAUGGAGACAUCUUGUUUGUGGUUUAUUAUUAAUGAUUUUAGUAUCAAUAAUAACAUCAGUAUUAUUAUUAGUAUUUAUAUUUCCAAUUCAAUCUCAUGUAUUAACUGAAUAUAUGUCUGAAUGGAUAGCAUGGAUAAUAAGUUUUUUUGUAACAUUAUUUGAAAUAGGUGUAACAAUUCUUGUGUUAUCUUCAUUAUUUCUUGCAUAUUAUAUGGAUGUUAUAUUUGAUGCUGUUUGGCGUCAAGAAACAAUGGGUGUUAAUCCUGGAGAAAAUCAGCGAUCAAUUUCAACAACAUAUUCAUGUAUUAAAUCAUUUUUAAUAUUAAUUUUAUUUCGUGUAUUUCUUCUUGUUCUAACAUCACCAUUAAAUUUAAUUCCAAUACUUGGAACAUUUCUUUAUAUUUAUGUAAAUGGAUAUUAUUAUGCUUGGUCAUUACAUUGUCGUUAUUUUGAUUUACUUGGUUUAACAUUUUUACAAGGAAAACAUUUUGUUGAAGAAAAUCGAUCUGAUUAUACAAAUUUUGGUAUUGUUGGAGUAUUUUUAGAAAUGAUUCCAUUUUUAAAUUUAAUAACACCAAUAACAAAUGUUAUUGGAAGUGCACUUUGGGCUUGUGAUAUUGAAAGAUUUAAAGAACCAUUAGCACAUCCAAGAAGUUAUUUAUUAGCACCAAGUCCAGCUUUAAUUGAACAAGGACAAAUUGAUUAUGGUGCUAUUAAAAAUGAAAAAGAACCAAUGGCAAUGGCAAUGCCACCACCACCAACAUAUCAAGAUGCUGUACAAAAUAAUCUUUAUCCAUCUGCUCCACCUAAUGAAAAAGCUUAA